AUGGGAAAGAAUCAAUCCAAGCUCUCUCCGGAGCAGCUUUCGGACCUGCAAAAGAACACCUACUUUGACAGGAAAGAGCUGCAGCAAUGGUACAAAGGCUUCUUGAAGGAUUGCCCUUCUGGCACGCUGGACAAGCAAGAAUUUUGCCGUAUCUACAAGCAAUUUUUCCCCUUUGGUGAUCCAUCGACAUUUGCAGAAUACGUGUUCAAUGUAUUCGACGAGAACAAGAACGGCACCAUCGACUUUAAGGAGUUCAUCUGCGCACUCAGCGUCACAUCGCGUGGCAGACUAGACGAGAAGCUGAGAUGGGCAUUCCAACUCUACGACAUUGACGGAGAUGGUACCAUCACCUACGAUGAGAUGCUCACCAUCGUGAGAAGCAUCUACAAGAUGACGGGCCAGAUGGUGAAACUGCCAGAAGACGAAGACACACCAGAGAAAAGAGUAGACAAGAUCUUCCGUAUGAUGGACCGCGACAAGAACGCACAGCUCUCCUUCGAAGAGUUUCAGGAGGGAAGUAAGCAGGACCCUACCAUCGUACAGGCGCUCUCGCUCUACGACGGUCUCGUUUAA